AUGAUAUUAUCAAAGAAGAAUAAAAUGAAACAAAAACAAGUUAAAGUAAAAUCAUUUUAUUAUAUAAGAUCAAUUACAUAAAAAAUUUCCAACAUAAACAUCAACUUCACCUUAUACCAAGAAUUCUUCUUCAUAAUGUAAAUAAGAAAUAAUCUAUAGUUUUUUAGAAAUUCAAAUGUUUUACAUCUAGUACAUCUCCUUUAUAGAAAUAUCACAUUAAAUAAAAAGAUUCAAUUAGUACUGUGUCUCAUUUUCUUAUUGAAAAUAAAUAAAUGUAAAUGUAAUCUUAAUCUGAAUAAAAAGAAGUGAUUGACAGAUUACUUAAAUGGGGAAAACGUAAAUAAAGUGAAAUUUAAGAAUAAUAAUAAAAAUAUUAAAUUGAACAAAAGAAAAAUCUUUGGGACAAACCAAAAUUAUCAAAAGAAACUCUUAAAAUUUUUGAAUCAGGAUUGAAACAUCAUUAAGAAUUGAAUAACUUUAUUAAAUUGAAACAUUAAUUCACACAAUUAUCAAAUAAUUACCCACCUUUGUAAAAACUUGAUAAAUUAAAGAAAGGAAUCAAAAUUAAGAUUGAAAUUGAUAAGGAAAUAGAAGAUAAUCCAGAUGAUAUUAAUGAUAAAACAACAUAGUAUAAAUGUAUUAAUGAGAUAUAAUCAAAUACUUAAGGAAUAUUGAAUAGAGAAUUUCGUAGCAUAUCUGAUUACACAACAAUGCCUAUACACCUCAGAUAUGAAUAUGAAAUAAAAUUAAAGAAUGCCAAAUUAAAGUAAAAGAUUGAUGAAAAAGAGAAAGCCUUUUAAAAGGAAUUAGAAUUAGCAAAAAGUAUAAUUUAAUGCAUAUCAAAGAAUAUAAUAGUACUACAGAAUAAUUUGAACAUUUCUUAAAAGAAUAGGAGAAUUUCUUGAAAAAGAAAUAAUAAUUUUAUGAUACUAAUUUAAAAAAAGAAUUGGAAAAAAUAUAAGAAAUUGAUUCCUAAUUCUCAUAUAAGCCAGAUAUUAACCUUCCUCCUUAAUCAAUAAUAAGUACGAAUAAUUAAUAAUAAGAUGACAAUUUUAAUGAAAAACUUCAUUCUCUUAGAAAUAGACAAUAAAGAUAAAAAAAUAUCUACUUUUUUAAAUCUACACUACCUGAUUUAAGGAGAAAUAUUAUAUAAAAGUAUUAUGAAGUAAAUAUUUAAUAUAAUAUAAUAUAGAUACUCCAUAAAAGUGAUUACAUGACAAUUUCUCAUAUUUAAUUUUUAACAGAAAGUUGA